AUGAGGCAGAAUUUCCUGACAUGAUUGAGGAGUACUUGCAGCAUGGUGCUAUGAAAUGUAUCGCAUUUAACCGUACUGGGACGCUUCUUGCUGCUGGAUGCUCAAAUGGUAGCUGUGUUAUCUGGGACUUUGAAACAAAAGGGCUUGCAAGAGAAUUUCGUGAUAAAGAUUUCACUGCGUCUAUAACAAGUGUCUCCUGGUCCAAGUAUGGCCACCGUUUACUUGCGUCUGCUACUGACAAGUCAUUGACACUUUGGGACGUGUCUUCUGGGAAAAAGAUUACCCGAAUAAUUCUUCAGAAGGCUCCAUUGCGUGCCAGUCUUCAACCUGGUUCUCCAAUCCCAUCUAUUUGUUUGGCAUGCCCUCUGUCUUCUGCACCUCUUCUUGUUGAUUUGGAUACCGGAAGUACCACAUUUCUCCCUGUUUCUGUAUCUGGAAAUAGUAACCCCCCUGCAGCUAAUGCCCGCAAUAAAGUUGUGGAUGGUACCCCACCUUUUACACCAACAGCUGCUGCAUUUGAUAAGCAUGGGGAUCUGGUAUAUGUGGGCAACACCAAGGGAGAAAUUUUAAUCGUUGAUUCAAAAAGCAUCCAGGUACAUGCAGUAAUUCCCAUCCCUGGUGGAGCUGUGGUUAAGGAUAUUCUUUUCAGCCGGGAUGGUCAAUAUCUGAUGACAAAUUCUAAUGAUCGGGUCAUUAGAGUCUACAAGAAUAUUCUGCCUGUUAAAGGUUCUGGAGAGGCGAUUAGAAACAUGAGCAACAACAGUAAUGACUAUGAAAGUCACUAUGAUAAUUUAAAAGUAAAUGGCACAUGCUGCCUUAUUCUUUCCUCUGAACUUUCGGAUUCCAUCACAAGGACACAUUGGAGGACACCAUGUUUCAGUGGUAAUGGUCUGUGGGUAGUUGGUGCUUCUGCAAACAAAGGUGAGCACAAGUUGCAAAUAUGGGACCAAGCAGGGCCCCUUGUAAAGAUCCUUGAAGGUCCAAAGGAAGCCGUCAUCGAUCUUGCCUGGCAUCCUGCUGAACCUACAAUUGCUACAGUAUCUGUAACAGGCUUUGUAUACAUUUGGGCUAAGGAGCAUGUAGAGAACUGGAGUGCGUUUGCUCCUGAUUUUGAAGAAUUAGAAGAAAAUGAAGAGUACGUUGAACGAGAGGAUGAGUUUGACCUGAACCCACGUGAAGAAGAGGAUGAGGAAGUGGCGAUAGAUGAGGAUUCUGAUGUUGAUAUUGAGACAUUUGAGAAGGAUGCAAGGUUCAGUGAUGUGGAGGAUUCUGUGGAUGAGAUUCUCUUCUUACCAGCAAUUCCUUCCCCAGAUGUUCCUGAUGAGCAGCCAGAGAAAUGCCUUGGAAGCUCAUCAAAGUUGGUGGAUAGCAACCAUUCUGGUUCUCCAUCCUCAAUGGAUGCUGUACAGGGUGGUCAAGCUACUCUAGUGUCAAGCCCAAUGGAAGUGAACAACUCUGUUGCUGACGAACCUGCGGAAGGGCCAGUCUCAAAGAGGAUGCGCCGGCUGUCCGUUGGGGGGCUUGAGUUGCAGCAGCCUGAGAAGGGCAAAACGCCCGCAACAAAGGACAAGUCCACAAAAUCCAGCGCCCAGCAGAAGGAACCUGCCAAUGAGGACAACUCCACCUUUGAUGAUGAAGCAACUGAGGACGGCGAUGUUAACAUCGAUACCUAGUGUUUCCGACUGCCAACAAAUAGGCAUGGGGAAUCGAAAAGGCUCUCCUGAUUCCCCCUAAAUACCAAAUAAAAAGUACUGUUGAAUGCAGAGACAAAGUAAACGUAUUUGUUACCAGUGUUGUUGAAUGUAAGUUUGUAUGGAUAAGUACUGUUGUACUGUUGUAUGUUGAGACGAGAUAAACGUGUCUGGUAUCAGUGUUGUUGGCUGUAAGUUGAUGUAUGCUGGUUGCACCUGUAGAUGUUCGGUCUGUGGUGUCUUUUUUUAAAAAAAAUAAAAACAAUUUCAAGAUGUUAAGAUUAAUA